AUGCUGGCAUUAUCUGUACUCCACUUGACUUUAUAUACCCUGGUAUCAAGUGUUCAAGGAGCUGUUGGUGGAGUGCCACCUCAUCUCCUGGCCAACUUCUGCCUAGAAACAAUUUCCAUCGUACAAUUUAGUACCUGCCUCUUCAUCAAUUUCCUGGCAGAGGCAAGUGUUAGACACUUGAUAGUGCCUGCAAAGACAGGUCACAUAUACUGAUUUCAGACUACCUGCUAUCACUAGAACUGUAUCUUCAGUAGUCUCUUCUUCCAUACACAUGACGUACUUUUCUGUCUUCCGUUGUUUGGAUGUUGGCUCACUGUAAUCCCUGUCUUCAUUGACGAAUGUAACACCCGGCAGUGACACGAGUUUCCAUAACAACGAUUCUAGAUGCCAGGGCCGAGGUAAACAGUGGGGUUUCAAUUGCGACUGGAAAUACGUCUGCAGUUCGCAGGCUAAUGCAAUUGUGGUGAAUGAAAACUUCACAGCACUCCCUUUUAUAAGCACGCCGUUCAACAAGACUUGGAAUAAAUGGUUUCGGUAGACCACACCACCCGGGAAUCUUCCCCUACUUUUUUAGAACAGGAGUGUGGGUUCUUUUAUAUCCCCUACAAUUUGGCUAAUGAAAGAAGAAUGGAGGAGACAAAGCCAAUGGCUUCAAAUCACCGCACAAUGACGCGAUCAUUUGAACUGAGACGCUCGGCAGACUGGUACUCUCCCAACUAAGAUAACCGGGCGGCAGUUCCAGGCCUUUUAUUCUUACUAGCGUUCACAAGACUGUUGACUGCUGACUGAAUUUUUUAUACCUUAUCACUUGCUGACGUGAUAGUUUUCUCCAGUUUGUUUCCAUGUCAUUGGGUCGCCAGUGACGACAAUCCACCCUUCCGUUUUACACCAUUGCUCAUUCAGCUGGAAGCCUUAGCUAGGACGCUAAUUCGCUCUUUUGUAUCGCACAGUGCAAGUUAUCUUCUAAUCGGCAUAUUUCUGCUCAAUGCGCAUUUCAGAGCGCGUAAAUCACAGGGUGACUAACAUUUACCGAAAAAAGAACAUCCCAGCACUUUUUUCAUAGAGGUUCAUACACCCUCAGACGAUAUCUCUCUCACAACAAAACGAAGCGUUCAUGCACCAGGACUGACGAGUGCCCCGCUUCCAACACCAUAUUAGGGACCUUAAGAUCCGAGUACGGCGACGGCAGCGAAAACGUCGCUGAAAAAGUGAAUUCGCGUUCUUUCAAUCUUCAUCGCGAUUACUCAACGUACUGACUUUGUCAAAUGUAGGUGAACCCUCCUAAAGUUGAAUUCCUAAGAAUCAUAUCCAAGUUUAGAAAGAGAGAGGAAAUUUCGUCGUUGCUUGUGUCCUUUCUCUGUAAAACGUGAAAUUAGGCAUUUCCACGUCGUCGUUGUGCAGUGAAGGCAUUAAAAGCGUGAUGCACGUGCAAAAUUGUUGUUUUGGUUAUUAAACCUAUUGCUUUUUUGACAUCCUGGUUGCCGUCGCCGUCGUCUGAUCUUAAGGUCCCUAUUGUGUUUUAGCGUGGGACCAGGCUCCGCACUGGGGAUAAAAGAAGAAGAAAAAUCGGCGAGCCCUUUUCCCCUCCUUAGUCCACCGCUGGGCUCGCUUCCCUCGCAGAUUUUUUUCACUGUUUCAUCCCAUUUAUUGCCUUUUUUCCCCACUCAGACUGCGGAGCCUAGUCCCAGGCUGAGAAACGGCCGUCUAUCAGAUCACGUCUCUGUAAGCAACAAUUUAUCGGUAUCGUUAAACGUUUCGUUUACGAUCGUAUAAGAGAAGACCUUUUAGAAUAACGAAAAUUGCUCCGUUGAGAAACGCGUGUCUGCAUUUCAAAAACAAAGACUAUAAAGUCAUCGAAAUAAAGACCGUAAAAGAACAGACUUUCCGUUUGGGGGAAGGGGGCUGAAAAUCCCGAGGAAACGGCGACGGAAAAAACGGACGAUGGCCUGUUCACAAGACAGAAAGCGACCCUGCUAAUUAAUCUACGCCUCUUUGAAGCAUUUUGCAUGAAAAGUACCAGAAAAGUACAAAGUGGCCCUCAGUUCCCGUGAGGAAUUCUGCAAAUUCGAAGACCUUUUGUUGAAUUCUCUAUUUAAUAGUGCAUUUCGAGAGACUCUGUUCCAUGACACCCGCUCAUUGUAAGAUUGUUUAUCUAUACCUUACUUUAUUCGUAUUCGUAUUUUAUAUUUUACAUACAUUUUACAUACUUUGGCCAAUUCCUACACUUUUCACACAUUUAACUUUCCAUAAGUCUAAAAAAUUGACAAACUAUUGACACGAAGAAUUCUCUUGCGGUGUAUGAUGAUAAUCUAUUACUUUUUCUAAUUUCUAUCUACUAGGAGUUGGCAAGACUACCUUGUGCAGAAAAGUUUAUGAAGUCCUCAAAGACAAGGGAGUUCAUGUGCAAGGGUUCUACACAGAAGAGGUUCGUAGCUCUACCAAGGGCAGUAGAGUGGGGUUUGAUAUUGUUACUCUAGAUGGACGACGUGGACAAUUGGCAAGAAUAAAGGGGUAAGAAUUAUAGUUUUAUAAUAGAAACGAAGCGUAGUGGUCCCUUUAUCCAUACUAUGAGUUCAUGUUCUGGAGUGGAUGUUCUUUCAAGGCUGCUCGCACGGGCCGUAACAUCAUAAGGCAAAAAUAAGUUCACAGUUUUAAAUUUUGGCGCCACUUUGCCUCCAAAUUCGAAUUCAACAUGAAGUAUCAACGGAGCACACUACAACAGGAGUCGACUGAGUUGUUGGUGCACGUGCUCAGUUGUGUUUGUAGCUGCGUUUCGCGUAGUCCUGGUUUACACGUGCAAUGCAUCGUGUCAGUCGGAAUUACUCAACGAGGAGCGAAAAUGUACAACUUACUUGUUGCGUCGCACUGAUGCCGGUGUCAUUGAUGUGAGCUUAAAAUCGUGAGUCCACAGUCGGAUGACGACUGUUACGCUAACAAAUAGAUUCCGGCAUUUCGCGUAUCGGUUCAUUCAUAGAUCACAGAUGAAAUCAAAAUGUUGUUAAAAGAAAAACAAAAUUUGUAGUGCAUAAGUGACAGAAUUUCAAACGUUUUCGGUAUGGAACUCAGGCAUCAAUGCUGGUCAAAUGUUUCUUUUUGACGAUACUACAACGUAGUUAGUGAAGAGGCGAGACCUCAUUGACUUUGACAUGCACGAGAAACACAUUUUGGGGCGUUAAAAACAGAGGCCGUUAGACGUUUUAAGCCCCGUUGUUAUUACACGGUCUUAUGAUUUCUAUUUGUAGUGACGGUCAGACUGCCAGAGGGAAAUCAUCCCCUUCUGUGGGAAAUUACUUGGUGGAUGUCAAGUCCUUUGAGCGGCUCGCACUUCCGACUAUAAGUCUCAACUCUGAUACAAUUAAGGUAAGCAGAGUAUUGCAAUAAAAAGGGCUCUAAUUACCUUUUUUGGUAAUAGUUGAUUGAGAGUCGUCGUAAGGGGAUACUCUACACCUAAACCGUCAGUUUUACGGAAAGAUAGCCUGCCGCUUUUAAGCUAUGGAAACAUUUUCUGUUUUGCAAAUUUCCACUUCUGUCAGCGUUGACUUUCAACCCAUGCCACAAGGGGGAAACUGACUCUAAAAACUCUUUCAAAUACUCGAUCAUUCAUCAACUCCUUCAGCCUGAUUACAUGCCUAAAUUCUUGGUUUACAGGGGACCUUAAACAUGGUGGUUAUAGUUGAUGAAGUUGGUAAAAUGGAGCUGUUUAGUCAGGACUUUGUUAACUCCGUUCGUGAGCUGUUUUCGUCGUCUCAAGCCACAAUCUUAGCUACUGUACCUGCUACCAAGCAACGGCCCAUCUUAUUUGUUGAUGAGCUAAAAAGAAGACCGGACGUUGAGCUCGUUGAAGUGAGUAUAACAUAAUGAGG